GGUGUUGAACUUGACUUUGGCGACUGUGGAUGCAGGGGAGGGAGCUGAGGCUAUUUAGAGAGGGUCAUCCAGUCACAGAUAAAUAACAGAGGGUCCACGGCGUUGACUAACCGCCUCUAAAUGGUCCUCAUCCUGCACCGUGUAACUGUCUGCGGCUGCUUAUUGUCGAUUAGUCCAGACUGAGGCCGCUUCUCUGCUGUGACAACCCAUCCGUCGACCAGACUCACUCCAGUCUACCAGCUCUUCUCCGUGUUUUUUUAUUUUUUAUUUUUUUAUAUAUAUUAUUUUAUUAUUCUGGGAUACGUGAAAAAUGGGUAAAGAUUAUUACAAAACGCUGGGUAUCUCUAAAGGAGCAUCAGACGAGGAUAUAAAGAAAGCUUACAGAAAACAAGCGCUGAAAUGGCACCCGGACAAAAACAAGUCUGCAGCCGCCGAGGAGAAAUUUAAGGAAAUCGCUGAGGCAUAUGAAGUCCUCAGUGAUCCGAAGAAAAGGGAGAUUUAUGAUCAGUAUGGCGAGGAAGGUCUCAAGGGAGGAAGUGGACCCACCGGUGACGGACAGGGCAGCACUUUCACCUACACCUUCCACGGGGACCCUCACGCCACCUUCGCCACUUUCUUCGGCGGCUCCAACCCCUUCGAGAUGUUCUUCGGCCGCAAAGCCAACGGGCGGGACGACGAGGACAUGGAGGUGGACGGGAACGACCCCUUCGGCUCUUUCACCAGCUUCAACCUGAACGGCUUCCCCCGGGACGGCCACAUUGGCCUUGGUGGCCAGCAGCGCCGGAAGCAGGACCCGGCCAUCAUCCACGAACUGAGGGUCUCCCUGGAGGAGGUCUUCCAUGGCUGCACCAAGAGGAUGAAAAUCUCUCGCAAGAGGCUAAACCCGGACGGCAGGACCAUGCGCACCGAGGAUAAGAUCCUCACGAUCGAGAUCAAGCGGGGCUGGAAAGAGGGAACCAAGAUCACGUUCCCGCGAGAGGGAGACGAGUCACCAAACACCAUUCCUGCUGACAUUGUUUUUGUCAUCAAGGACAAGCCACACCCUCACUUUAGGCGGGAAGGCUCCAACAUUGUGUAUCCUGUUCGCGUGAGCUUACGACAGUCGUUGUGCGGCUGCUCAGUCACCGUGUCAACGAUAGACGGGAAGACGUGCAACAUGAAGAUCACAGACGUCAUCAAGCCCGGCAUGAGAAAGACUGUCACUGGUCAGGGUCUCCCCUUCCCCAAAAACCCGGAGCAGAGAGGAGACCUGGUGGUGGAGUUUGACGUAAACUUUCCAGAAACGUUGCCCGGCAAUGCCAAGGACGUCCUGAAGCGGCAUUUACCUGCUUAGGUUUGACGAAGGACACGGACCGAGCCGAGGGGAGAUGACAGCAUGACAGCACUCGCCCCUCGUUGCACAAAACCACACACAGACAGACACACAAACACACACAAGGACAGUUCUGACAGCUCACAGAUGGACCCCCCCUCCCUUCCCUCUCCCCCUCCCCUACUGACGAAUGUGCAAUUUCUAUUUUUGAGCUAUUUGGUGUUUUAUAAAUACCAUGCAUGCUGCCAGGUUGAUACAGGUGAAAGACUGUGUGGGUUCUUGAUAUCUGAAAGUGCACAUUUUAUGUAUGUGGGUCUUUUCCACAAUCACUUUAUCUUUUUGUUUGUUCAGAGUAUUUGGCUGUGAAUGAGUCUGUAGUUGCCAAACAAAAAAACAAAACAAAAAAAAAACUAGAGAAGCGGUGCCAAACUUUUAGAUCUGACAGUACUUUAUUACCGCCAUUUUAACUGUUCAUGUUUAUUUUGUCAUGAAGCUUCAGAUUGGAGGCUGUUUUAAAAAAGCCUGUGUACGAGUUAUUCAACAGGAAAGUGGUUGAGUAAACUCGUCUGGAUCGUCAUGUUUAGACAUGUGAGGAUAACUGGACUUGAAUUUUAAAAUAAAUAUUUCCUCAUGAACUGAUCUUGAGCUGUUUCAGUCAUGGAGAGGCAUUCAAAUGUCGAAUGAAUCCUCCUCUGUGAAAUAAACAGUGCACUUUAAAAAACCACUAAUACUGCUUAGGGCCUAUUUAUAGUCAGUCUGCAUAGCAAUAUUACACAAAAUUGGUUCUCUACAGCACCAGGAGAUGAUGUGUGGUUUCUGCAGAUAUAACGGUAUAUUUUGAUAGUCAAAUGUGAAUAUUUUUGUUGUUGUAAAACUUAUACGGUAAACUUUCUCAUGUGCAAAGAUCAAAAUUAAAAAUAUAUCGUCUGAAUUUAA